GCCAUACCCGGACUGGCAGACAGCUUGCUCUGCGGAAGCGAUAUGGACUUUUUCCACCGCAAGCAGUAACCCGUACUUCGGGCAAGGGCAAACAAGAGUCGGCAAACUAGUAGAUCAUGAAGACAGAACUCAGAUCGAAGAAAGUGAAAUGCAGAUGGGCGAGUCCCUGUGGCUUUUCGAUUUGAAUCCUGACGAUGACAAAGCGUACGAACGAAAAUGGAAGGCGGUGUUUGACGAUGCGAAGUGGUGGUACGAGCAUGGUGAUGAUGGGUCCGAGUUGAAGCCGACUAGGACUACAAAAGCAGGUGCCGGAAAUCUGAAGGCUGCUAGUGAUUUGCCGAAACCUGAAGGCGUAGCGCCACAACGAAAAGGACAACAUCACACCUCCGACGGGCCGCGAAGGAAUGCGGAGAGAAAACAGGCACUAGAACAUCAAAAACAGAUCCUUAAGGAACAAAAAACCCUUGGGAAUGUGCCACCCCUGGGUGUUUCUGUAGACAUGACAUCAGACAUCAUCGACUGGAUCAACUCGAUCCGCACGCGAGAAAAGGUGGAGGGAGACGGACAAAAAUCAGGGAACAAUGGUGGAAACGAAAACGUGUCAGGAAGUGCCAAACUCAAAACAGUUCGAUUCAACGACGCACAGAAAAAUGUUGUAGAGCUCUUCUUCUGGCCUCGAUUCCUUUAUUACGUAGACGCCGAGGGCAAGGAGCUUGUAUCCACGCUUGAUCAGGCACUGGCACAGCUCACGGCGGAUGCGGAUCGUGCGGCUGUCCUUACCUUGCC